AUGCUCCAGCUCGACCACGCCAUCCUCAUAGGUGCCUAUUUAGCGCCUAACUCAGCGGCAUGCGACAUUGCUUCCACUUUGGAUGAAUGGGUUGGAGCAACUGGUGAACACACCCCUUUGGUUAUUGUGGGUGACUUUAACGAGGAACCUUGUUUUGGGGAAAGGUGGAACCACAUAAGCGGAUUUGGCGGCACUUGUGCGGUUUGCAAUCAGAAUGAUGUCCCACAGCCUACGCGGUGGUCUGGUACCCGGUGUAUUGAUUGGAUUUGGGCUUCGCACUUGCUAACAAUUGACAAGGUGCGAUUUGAAGAUGUUUGGUUUUCCGACCAUAAGCCCGUUUGUUUUUCUCUGCAAUAUAGCCAAAGCCAUGUUUGGUCCUUUAAGGCAGUUCAAACGAGGAAAUGGACGGCGCCGCCAAAUGUUUCUUUGCAAGAAUGGAAAAAUGCUUUAAAAACUCCGUGGUCGGAAGUCACGGUCCCUCCAGUUUCUAAUACCAACCAAGAAUGGAGUGAUUUUUGUCACAUUGCGGAGAGAGCACACCUCUCUGCCCUGGAAACCUGCGGGGCUACUGUUCCAAGGCCAAGCCGGAGUAGAAACAAAGGUUCAGAGUUUCAAGUUGAAGCAGCGAAUGCUCGUACCUUUCGCAUCGCCCAGCAAGCGACUUUCAAAGAACUCCGGCUGCGCAAGCUUUUGGGCCGUAUUGCUGAAGCCCAAAACCAGCAAAGCCGUGGCCGCCAGCCACCGGCCAUCCUGAUCCGUCGUAUCUUCUCUCAUCCUUUUGUUGUCAGAGAAGGCUUGCAAAGCUUAGGUGAAGCCAGGGAAUGGGCACAGCAAGAAUUGCGUAGCCAUGUCCAAAGCACUCAAACAGAGCAGCUCCAAGCUUGGCGCGAGCGUAUGAGGAACUCUUCAGCCAAGCCUCUAGGCUGCGUGGCACAGCCGCCGGAUGCGAUGGGUGGUCAGGUUCCCACGGUUUGGAAAAGUAUUCGGCAAAUUUUGCUCCAAAAACCAAACGCUAAGUUGCGUGACACGGAUCACGCGUUGCCAGCCAAAGAUUUGCGGCCAAUUGCGAUUCAGAGCGUCAUCUGGCGCGCCAUUGCCUCUGCGUGGACGCGCAGACCGCAGACGCGAGCUUGGGUCACGAGCUGGGUCCACUCCUCAGCCUGUGGCGGCAUCCAGGGGAAAAGUGUUGCUCAUGCCGUUGAUCGGCUGCUUCAAGACUUUGAAAAGAGACAGGGAAAGGUGGUUGUGUUUCAGAAGAGAUUGCCUGCCGCAGCCAGUGCAGGUCGACACUUCGAUCCCUCAGGGAGACGCCAUCAGCCCUUUGACUCUUCUUGCAGUCCUCACUGGCCUCACAGGCCGGGUGUUGCAAGCAAGGCCUGA